CGGGGUCGGGCCGCGGCCAUUGCGGCCCGGGCGGCUGUGGGGACGUGCUGUUGCCGCCGCGAUGGUGUCCUGGAUGAUCUCCCGGGCGGUCGUGCUGGUGUUUGGGAUGCUGUAUCCUGCAUAUUACUCAUACAAAGCUGUGAAGACAAAAAAUGUGAAGGAAUAUGUUCGCUGGAUGAUGUAUUGGAUUGUGUUUGCUCUGUACACAGUCACUGAAACAAUAACAGACCUAACAGUCUCUUGGUUUCCACUGUACUAUGAACUGAAGAUAGCUUUCGUUAUCUGGCUCCUUUCCCCAUAUACCAGAGGGGCAAGUUUAAUCUACAGAAAAUUUCUCCACCCGCUGCUUUCUUCUAAAGAAAGGGAGAUUGAUGAGUACAUCGUGCAAGCCAAAGAAAGAGGCUAUGAGACCAUGGUGAAUUUUGGAAGGCAAGGGUUGAAUUUGGCAGCAACUGCUGCAGUGACAGCAGCUGUAAAGGAUUUCUGGCUUUUCUGCUGUUUUUCUCCAAUCAACUUGAGUGUGCUGGUUUACCAUCUGCAAACAGUUGUCAUCAGAGUGGGAACAAAUGGCUGUGGCCAGUGGUGCAAGAACUGCCUUGUGCUGUUGCAGAGAAAGAGCCAAGGUGCAAUAACUGAGAAGCUGAGGAGUUUCAGUAUGCACGACCUGACCACUAUACAAGGAGAUGAGCCUGUGGGGCAGCCCUAUCAGACCUUACCAGAAGCAAAAAAGAAAACCAGAGCCUCUACAAGUGAAUCUUCAGAAAAAAUUUUUUUAAAAGGUUACAAAACACCACUGGAAAAAAAUGCUGGAGAGGAUAAAACAGAUGAGGAGAUGGAGGGGACACAUUCAGAGGAUGAAAUGUUUGCUCAGAGAGGCCUUCGAAGAACUCAGAGCAUGAAAUCUGUGAAAACUAAAGGCCGUAAAGAGAUACGAUAUGGAUCCCUGAAAUACAGAGUAAAGAAGAGACCUGUUGUCUACUUCUGAGUGCAUUGCACAAUGCCUGCAAGACAAACUGCUGUACUCUGAUAACUUGAAUUUCAGUGUGUCAAGUGUUACAGACCUGUGUAUGGUUCACAUAUGAGUAUGUUUGGAUAGAUACAGUAGGACUUGGUUUUGUGAGCCCAGGUGAUGGGAUAAAGUAUUACUCUGCUCUUCUGUAAUUGCUUAUUGUUUAGAUUUAAAUCUGGACAAGUUAUGGUAUGAAUUUCAGCACUCCUCAAAGUGGGGUUAAAUGAGUAAGAGGAAACAGCCUUUUGCCAGAGGUACUGAACAGACAGAAAUAAUUACAGCUCCAGUUGAAUCAGUGGAAGUUGUGAGUAUUUGGAGCGUGUGAAAAUGGAACCCAUAGUGUCCCCGAGUUUACAAGGAAAGAUAGAUAUACUUGAAAUACUUUUCUGAGCUACAAUUCCUGAAAAGGCCUUUGUGUAAUUUUUAAAUGUACAGUUUCAAGGACAGUGGAUGAUGGUGGGAAAGGAAAAGGAAAGGUGAGGUUAGAUAGGAUACAUCCUAAACAUCAUCAUCUUCCAUCAUGUUGCCAAGCUUAAUAAAUUUAUAUAAUUCUAAUAGGUGCAAACUGGGGGUACAUUUAGCACUUUAUGCAAAACUGUGUAGUUUUGCACACUCUUAAUAAUUUACAACUGCACAUGUAAUUUUAGUGACUUGAUAGGUUGAAUGCCAGCAAUUCUUGUAUUUUUAAAAUUUAUUGCUUAAGUACAGUUAGGAUGCUAUAGAUAAUUGCUACUAACAAUAUUAUCAGGUGCCUUUCUGUGUAUUAUAAGGCUGUGUGGGUUUUGUCUGUGUGGGGCUUUUUUGGCUUUUUUUUUUUUUUUUUAUUAUUAUUUUGUUUGUGUCUGUCUUCCUCCUUUUACCUAGAGAAAUGUAAUGUGAUUUAAGUCGGUUUUUGGUUAAAAUUGUGUUAAGUGAAACUUGUAGCAAUUCCAGUGCUAGACCUCAGGGAUCUGCUCAGCCCAUCAGCUGUGUGUUAGAAGUCAUGCCAACAUGAAGGCAUGUGUGAUAGAUGAGUCAGGCCCUGGUUUGGUUUUGCUCUACAUUGCUUUAAGAAUGAAUAUAUAUAUAUAUUUUAGAACAUGUGUGUAUAUUUCAUAUCAUAUGUGGAUCCUAAAAUGGUCUGUAUAGUACUUUCUUUUAUUGCUAAAGUUAUUACUAAAAUAUUUGUAUAUAAAUAGCUUUUUCUAAAAGUCUAGUUGAUUUAGUCAGCCAUUCUGUAACCUAGAGUCCCAUGACAUAUCUGCACAGAGAUUAAUUUUGGAAUGUCCUUCAAGACAGGGAGUUGUGAGAAUGACUUCUUUAGGUCCUCUUUGGUUCUGUUUUCUGCGAUUCUGAGAAUGAGGCUGAUUUUAGUUUUCUGUGUGACUGCAUUUCUACUGUGGAUUCAGGGAGAAAACCACCCACUUUUUGCAGAUAGUAUUUUAAUACAUAUCGUGGGGAGAGAUGGUGUUGCUUUCCUUGAAGAGAAAAUGGCGUGUGACUUGUCCUACCCUUGGAUCUCUGACUCCAGUCCUUCUCCCAGGUAUUGACAGUCAGCUGCAAGUCCAUUGCAGUGCUCUUAAACAUGUUCCCAAGGCUUGAGCCACUGCAGUUCUUUUCCUUUCUUAUAGCUGCAGGAGUUCCCUGCUGGUGGGCACUUACUGCCCUCCUGGUACACACUGGCACUCAGAGUAUCCUCCUGCAUCCUUCAGGCUGGGGCUGGGACUGUGUGGAUCCAAGUGCAGCUGGUCUGUGUGGCACUGCAGCGCUCCCUGGCUGUGAGGGGGGUCUGUAAACCCAGUGCAAAGCUUGGGCUCAAACACCACGCUGAUGGCACAGUGCUGUAACAGAUCCAAGCUUUAAUGGACCCAAGGAAGUUCAGUGCUGUAGUGAGAAGUCCCAGCUGUCCACACGGGAUUAAAAGUCUAAAGCUUGGAUUGCUUUACUCAAAGACACGUAUCAGAAGGUAUCUCUCCCAAGUGAGAGAGCAGAAAUCCUGUCCUCUAGCCAAGACUGCACCUUGUGAUCCAGCUUUUACAAGGAGCUGCUGUCUGUGGGGAGGGAGUGAUCACAAAGGCAGCCUCCUCCCCAGGGUGUGGGAGUCACUUCUGCCCCAGGAAUGUUUGUGCUUCUCAUCUGUUUCCCUGAGUGCAAGGGAGAGGCUGUGUGUGUGUGUGUUAAGAUAUGUCAGACCUUAGAGGAAGCUGAAGCUUUUGCAUCUGCAUCUCACCCCUCUCUGAACAUUCUGCUAACCUGGGAUGGAGUCUCUGGCUUACUGUCCAGCUGAGCAUCCUCCUCGAGCACUUGCUGCUGCAUUGUGCUGUAACUCAUCAUGCUUGUUUUUAUCAGCAAGCAUGGCAAUAAAACGAUCACUUUUUUCUACAAAUCACAAUCCUGCAUGAAGGAGCAGGGUAAGCCCUUCUUUCAGAAAUACAGUUCCUGUUACAGGUUCACAUAGAUCCUCUUUUGGGGGUUGCGUUUUUAACACGCUUCCAAAGCUGGAGAUCAUCUGAGUAUUUUGGGCUCUACCACACUCGUGUCAGGAAGUUGCUCUUUGUGUCUCUGUGUACCUGAGGCUGCAGCUUGGGGCAGACUUAACUUGCUAACUCAAUUGGCUAAAUAAACUCUUUCGUGAACCUUGCAUGGAACUAGGAAAGCUGGCAGAAUUAUUCAUAUUCAUUACUGUUUCCAUAUAAAUGUACUUCGGUUCUCUCAGAUACUGUCUUGAGUGACCAAACUCCCAGUGUUUUCCUAGUUGUUUUGUUCAGUCCAAUAACCAGCUGUAAAAUUCUUUUCUUGACAGCCUGAUUUUGCUCUUUGAAUUCAUCCUGGAAGUGGUUCACUGUGUAUUAUCUUAAUUUUUUUCUUCUUGCUGUUCAUUGUCAGCUGAUGUCAGCAGAGCACAAUGGCAUGAUUAGCUUUCAUCCCAAUUUGCUUGUUGAAUUUAGUUUGGUUUUGAAAUACUACACAAUUGUUUAAACUUUGUGUACAGAGAAUUUUCGAAGUUUUCUUGCCUUAGCAACUACAGAAGUCAUCUGUCUAGCUCUUGUCAGUAAACUUGUUGGAAAAAAUGUUAAAAAUUGAUGUUUACCUUAACAUUCUGUUUGGUCUUGGACUGUAAAAUGUAGUUCAUGUCAAAUUGGAUAGCCUUCUCAAAGAAUUUCCUGAGAAUUGACAGCCACCAACAGGACUGCUAAUGUAGUUAAACAAAACUUACACAGAGGUUAAAGGUGCUUUAAAAGAGAAUAUGUGUUUCUGUUUAAAUCAUAUCAAGGUUUCAAGCCUUUCCAAAAUAUAUGUGAACUGACUCAGAAUUCUGAGCAAGAACCUACUGGACAUGUUCAAAUACCCAUGUUUGAGAUGAGGAUUAAAUUGAUGGCCUCAGCUGCAAAUAAGCUUAGGCCAGACUCUGAUUACAAUGUAAUUGCCAAUAUUGUGAAUUUCUUUGGUAUAUGAAAGUAACUGAUUAAUAUCCAAGAUGCAUUUUACAAACUAUAAUGAAUUUUAAGUGAACAGAAGAUAAUUUGAUAAAACAGAAUGGUGAAGAAAAUGCUGGAUGCAUUUAAAACUCUCUUCAUGACAAUAAUGUGUUUUAUUUUUGGUGUUGCUUUUAUUAAUGGGAAGUUGGUAUUUUUAAGUAUUUUUCUACAAAGAUGUGUAUGUGCAAAGGCAGUACUUUAACAUUUUUCAAGAACUUGUAUUUUUAAAUGCUAUAGACCAGAGACUGUCUACAUUUGGACUGAAGUUAGUAGCUUUAAAAAAUGCAAUGUAAGCUUUAAUUUUUAUAUUGUAAUAAUAACUUGCUGACAACUUGUUUACAUAUUUGUAGGAGGGAAGGCUUUGUUAUGCAUUGACUUAUCUUGAUGCUCUCUUUAAUAAAUGCUGCUUUGAGCAGGA